CUCUUCUUCUUCUUCAAAAAAAAAAAGGUGGAAAAAAAGCACCGAGCAAGCCAGUUUGGUUGGUUGCCACCACGAGCCCCGCCAAUCUCGCCGCCACCAUGGCCGCCACCGCCGCCACCCCUUCGCCUAGCCGGGCGCUUCUCGUCCUAGCACUGGCCGUCACCUGCCUCGCGCAGCUGGCGGCGGGGGACACGAACGGCGUCUACGAGCCAUGCAGCGACGCCUGGAUCCAGCGCGGGGACGGCUUCACCUUCGGGGUCGUCUUCGCGGGCUACAACGCCUUCUUCUCCGGCAACACGCAGCUCUCCCCCUGCGACCGCCGCCUCAACCUCGCUUCCUCCGCGCAGCUCGCCGUCUUCCGCCCCAAGGUCGACGAGAUCUCCCUCCUCACCAUCAACACCACCACAGGAUUCAACCCGGCUUCGGCUGGUGGAUUCAUGGUAGCAUUUGCUGGUAGGAAGUAUGCAGCCAGAUCUGCUCCAAUAUUUGUCUCCAACUCCUCGUUUACGGUGUCCAGCUUCACCCUGGUACUUGAGUUCAAGAAAGGCAGACUUCAAAACUUGCACUGGAAGAAGGAUGGUUGUGGUGCUUGUACAGGCAAGUCGAACUUUGUUUGCCUCGGGAAACAAACUUGCGCUAUCAGAACACAAAGCUGCAAGACCCAAGGGCCUGUCGACUGCAGCAUCGGCAUCCAGCUGGCUUUCUCAGGCACCGACAGGCACGAGUCGGUUCUGAACUCAUGGUACGAGGUGUCCAACCUGCGGCAAUACUCCCUUUACGGGCUCUACUCCAACCUCAAGGACUCCCUGACCGGCCAGUUCAACAAGUUCUUCUAGGCUGUUUGGCAUGGCUGUUGACCCGUUGUUUAUUCUCUCCUGCUCCUUCCUCAUUCUGUCGAUCAGCUUGAAUCCCGAUAUUGUGCUUAACGUCCUUUAGGUUUGCCCGUCCAGGUUGCUUGUACCCAAACCGACUUUAGCCCUGUCUGAAAGCUCUACCAUAUGUACCAUUGGUGUCAUUUUCUGGGUGUGUCCUUUUUUUUAUUGCCAAUUGCGCUUUAACUUUGAUUUUG